UCACCACUCAACGCUUGCCUCUUAUCCGCCAAAUCUAGUGCUACUCCGCGGCAUUUUCUUUUUCCGCUCCGAAAAAUAAUUCUAGCCAACUGGUCGCAACUCGCCUUCCUCUUACACUUCUUCAACUUCUCGCCAGGGAGAGACUUUGUCUCUUGUCAACCACAACACGAUGGAGGUCAGUCGACUAAGCUCUGGUCAAGCUGCGGUCAAGAUGCCUGCUUCUCAGGUAAUAGAUCUCGACGACUCCGAUACUGAGCCAAGCAUUCCCAUCGCGUUAGAUGCGAAACGUGUCGGUAUCAGUGGCGUCAACGGCAUCGAUCUACCAGAUGUUGAGGAGUCAGGUGAUGAAGAAGACGAAGACAGCGCGAACUGGGACGAAGUUGAGUCGCUUUUCGAAGAUACUUUAGAGGAGAUGGAUGAUCAGCAUCUCACGACUGCUGGUGGUCCCGAACACUGUACUUUGGAAGAAGCAAAUGCCUUCCGACAACAACUACGGACAAUUGGCCCAGAAGCCUUUUGCGCAAAAACAGUCGAAGCUGGCACAAUCACAGCGAAGAAGUUGCUGACUGCUUUUGGAUUGCGACCACCCCAUUUCCUCGAAGGAUCACCUGACGAUGCCUAUUACGGUCUCCUUAGUUUGGGCAUCAGUCGAGAAUUGUCAAAGAGGAUCAAGCUUCCUCAAUACAAUACCAUCGAUGACGCCGUCGAGCUCAUCAAGAAGUCAAGAAACAUCAUCGUUCUUACUGGUGCUGGUAUUUCGACUUCAUUGGGCAUUCCCGACUUCCGAUCCAAGGAUAUCGGUCUCUAUUCGAAGCUUGAACAUCUUGGUCUUAACGACCCUCAAGAGGUGUUCGAUAUCAAUAUCUUCAAAGAGGAUCCUUCGAUAUUCUACCAAGUCGCUCGAGAUAUCCUCCCCUCAACUGACCGAUUCACUCCUACGCACGCGUUCAUCGCCCUUCUCCAGGCAAAAGGCAAACUUCUCACCAACUACUCACAAAACAUCGACAACAUCGAAUCGGUAGCUGGUAUCCUCCCCGAAAAGCUCAUCCAAUGUCACGGCUCUUUCGCCACGGCCUCUUGUAUAGACUGCAAGUAUCAAACCGAAGGCGAAAAACUUUUCGACGAUAUUCGAGCCGGAAAAAUCCCGAUGUGUCCCAUGUGUAUCGAGAGGUUGAGGCGACUCAAGGUCCCGACCGCCAUGAAGAGGAAGCGCUCCUACAAUAGCCAGGACAAGAAGAGACGUAAGUCUGGCUACGAUGCCAUGGACGGCGAUACUUCUUCUGAAGACGAAUACGAUGAUCCCAAAAGCGGAGUAAUGAAGCCAGAUAUCACCUUCUUUGGCGAACCGCUCCCAGACCGCUUCUCUGAGCGCUUAACGAACCACGACAAAGACCUCGUCGACUUGGUCAUCGUCAUCGGCACUUCUCUCAAGGUGGCACCUGUCUCAGAAGUUGUUCCUUACCUCCCGACGCAUAUCCCGCAGAUGUACAUCUCCAGGACCCCCGUCUCACAUGUCAACUUUGAUGUCGACAUGCUUGGAGAUUGCGACGUCGUGGUGGCUGAGCUGUGUAAGCGCGCCGGAUGGGACCUCGAGCACGAGAUGAUUCCCGAAGAGCAGAAGGUGGACAUUAGGCUUGAAACCGGCUUCACAUCAAGGCACAUUUUUACGGUCAAAGAAUAGGCGUUUUCCUAUCUGUGCUGUCUUGGAAAGAGGGGUAAUAUGUACGAGAGCGAAUACGUAUUGGGGCUGUGAACUCGACGAGGAUGAGUUCAAGGACUAAGUGUACGGAAAGGACAAGACGUUAGAAUCGGGGCUGAGACUCUCGAGGCUUUAUUUUCCUUUGUUCGCGUUCUACAUCCAUCCAUCUUCCUUUCCCCGCAUCAUCUUUUCCGUCUGUCUGUCAAGGGAAGGCGUUCUACGGAGCGCUUUGUUAUUUGUUCCUCAUGCUUGCUUGCAAGGAGGAAAUUGGGAGCGUAGACCGCACAUUCAGAUCAGA